UGCUCGAAUGCUGUAAGUGCUUUGAGAGAGAGAGAGAGAGAGAGAGAGAGAGAGAGGGAGGAAGGAAGACAGACAGACAGAAAAGGAAAGUACAAAGAGGAAGGACAGACGACCCAUUAAACACGCAAUUGUUGAAGAGCUCGUCUUGAGAACAACAUAAACACUCCCGGAAAGGAAUCUCUGUCAGGACUUUAAACAGACUAUUUUAUGGGUUCGAGAAUCAACAGGAGCGUGACUGGACGACUGCGAGGACCUCUUUAGACACUGUCUCUCUUUCAUUCUGUAGAUCAUGGCGGAAGUUCCUACGCUCCACUGCAACAAUACUACAUCUCUGAACGCUACUAAGGAUGCUCAGCCGUACAAUGAAGCAGAGACGGUGAUCCUGGGCAUCAUAAUCGGACUUCUGGUCCUGAUUAUCGUCUUUGGGAACGUUCUGGUCAUUACUGCGAUCGCACGCUUCCAGCGUCUCCAGACCGUCACCAAUUGCUUCAUCAGCUCGCUGGCGUGUGCAGACUUGAUCAUGGGGCUUCUUGUUGUACCCUUUGGCGCUUGUGAUAUCCUCCUCGACAAGUGGUACUUUGGGAACUUCUUCUGCAUAUUCUGGCUGUCGACAGACGUCCUGUGCGUAACAGCGAGCAUCGAGACUCUGUGCGUCAUAGCCCUGGACCGCUACAUGGCGAUCAUGUGGCCACUGCGAUACCAAUCGCUGCUGACCAAGCGCCGGGCCCGCUGGGUAGUGCUGGCUGUGUGGGCAGUCGCCGCGCUCAUAUCCUUCCUGCCCCUCCACAUGGAGUGGUGGGUGUCAGAUGAAGAUGAGAGCGCACGGUGCUGUCUGAACAACCCAUACUGCUGUGAAUUCAACAUCAACAGAAGCUACGCGUGGACCUCAUCCAUCAUCUCCUUCUACAUCCCGCUCGUCAUCAUGAUAUUCGUCUACAGCCGGGUCUACCUGGAAGCUCGGCGGCAGCUCCGAAACAUCUAUCGCACCGAAGGUCACAUUCGGCCGCAGAACUUUGGCGGACAGGACGGGAACGAGGUACGGAACCGCAGGAUCAAGUUCUGUCUCAAAGACCACAAAGCCUUGAAGACUCUCGGGAUCAUCAUGGGCAUCUUCACGCUCUGCUGGCUGCCGUUCUUCAUCCUCAACGUGGCCACGGUGGAGAUGAGCACGAAUUACCCCGAUUGGCUGUACAAAACCUUGAACUGGAUCGGCUACGCCAACUCAGCCUUCAACCCCAUGAUCUACUGCAGGAGUCCCGAGUUCAGGCGAGCCUUUAAAGAAAUCCUGUGCAAGACGAGGCCUCAGUGUCCUUCUUCGGUGAACAAAUCAGGAUAUAUGUACAGCGGACAGAUGCCAAAGCAGGCGCCCUUUUCAGACUGCGGAUCGUUAGAGCUGGGUACUUGCUCUUUGGCGGCAAGUUCCUCCAACACGAACGGAAAUUGUAACAGAAACCUGACAACCAUGAUUUAGCUAUUUAUUGCAUUCACAACAUGAUUUCUUGACUCUCAUUUUCCCUUGCCAUGCAUUUCUCUGUAACGUCCGAAUCAACUGGUGAGUGAACAAAUGGAAUAUGAUACAUACGGCGUACAUGCACGACCUUUGCUCCGAAUAUGUUGUUCUAGUCAAAACCAGCAACCAAAACCUUUUCCGUGAAAUGAAAUGAUUCGGUACACAGACAGACACAGCGGGCGAAAAAAAGUGACGUUUAGAAUGUCUAUUUUUAUUAUCACAGCCUGGACACGUAUACAUAAGCUACCUCAUGACGCUCUGGCACAUGUCUUCACCAUAACCACUUCCAGAAGGAGCUCCGGAAUAUCAGCGCGUAUCAUCUUCUUAAAGUAUGAAGUCUGGAUUUGGUUUAGAUUCUUGUACACUACACUACGUUGUUAAAUGAGUGUAGCUGAUCUGAGACCAGCAACCUUAUCAUUAUUAUUAUUAUUAUUAUUAUUAUUAUUAUUAUUUGUUUUGUUUUAAGAUAGGCUUGUUACAUUCCAUAGAAAAUCUACGCUCAUGUUUUAAACCCAGGGACGUCUUUAUUUUUUUUCUUUUUCUUUUUUUUUAUUUCUGCAAUUCCUUGUCUGAAGGCGAAGGAAAUCUGAGCUGCUGAUGAGACGCAACAGGUGGAGUUCUCUGGCUUCGUGUGCUAUAACCAGCUGCUGUUAUGAAAAGGAAAAGAAUGAAAUAAAGCUCCCAGCCUAUCUAGUUCAACCUUCCCCCUGUUAACAUUUUAGCUUGAUCCCAUUCAGCCGUAAGGGACAGAUUUAAUAACCGAUCGGUAAUACCAUUAAAAAAAAAAAAAGUAUCCAUUUGCUUUGAUGGACUCGGACGAGGACAGAACGUCGUGUCAAUACCGCUGACACGACUUGAUUAUUUUUCCGUAAUAAUUAACCAGAUCAUUUGUGUUUGAAUGCUUGAUUGCACUUCAUGCAAGAAGGCUCAGUACCAGGCUCCCAUAUCGCAUUAAUCCUUUCAGAACAUGUACAGUGUGUUACCGUUUCUAUUAACGCCUGUGUCCGUGUGCAAUGUUUACAGAGAUUCUUAAGCAAACUGUCCAAAAGGACAGCCAGGAAAAAAAGGCAACGAAAAAGAAAAAAAAUCUCCUGAUAGGGAGUGUCAUUUUUGGUUUAUAAACCUUCGCUCCUCGUGUUUACAGUGUUAGUGAGGGAAUUUAGUCAAAACCCAGGAGGGUCUGGUUCUUCUACAGGAUGGUGCGCUGGUCAGACUCGUUGUUAUACCAGGAUCAUCCUUAGAAUAUGAGCGCAGAUGUGUUUUUUGACAUGACCAGAGCUUUCUUUCUUCUAGUUGUGUGUAUGUGUGUGUGUGUGUGUGUGUGUGUGUGUGUGUGGUAAGGGGCAAGCUCGCUGCUACAGGUUGUCUGAUUAAAUGUGCACAUAUUUAUGAGACGUGGUUAAAUGGGAUGUUCAGCUAUGGGCUUGACGUCGUUAUGUAGCAUAAAGCACAAUAAAAGGUACUGUAUUUAUGAGGCUCUGGAGUACAUGAAGCAUGUUUCAAACAUAAAAAAAAAAAAAACUAAACGGAUUGCACAUUGUAUAUAGAGUGUAUAUAUAGCUGUCUAAUCAGCAGAGGAAUAAUUUAUGGACGUGCACGUGACCUUAUAUAAUGCUACAGACAUUACAUAUCAUAUCAUAUCAGACAGACCUGCUCUGUGUCAUUCCACAUAAAAAUGCUCUUAACAUUUACAAAACUGCACUGAUGCUCCUAAUGCUACCCGACUGUGUGUAUGUGUGUGUGUAUUUUUUUUUUCUUGUAUGUAUGUAUGUAUGUAUGUAUGUAUGAGCCGAUGGCAAAUGUGAAGAAUUAAAUGUGUUUGUUUUUAACUCAGAGCCUGAGACAAUUGAGUCGUUAUAAAUAAGAAGUCUUUCCACCAUCUAGUGGUCACAAGCUCACACUGGGUCUUAGAUAUUUUAUAUAUAUAUAUAUAUAUACUGUAUGGUGGAGCUACAGUACAGCAGGUGAAUAGUGUAUGGGUAUCAAAAUGCUUUAUUGUUCAUUAUAAUUACAAAAAAGAAGUCAAUCUU